UCCGCAGCUACAAAGUGAAACUAGCAAGCGCUGCCUGAAGUGAAACACUUCGGAAAAGAUCGAGGACAAUCAACAUAAUUUUUUGCUUUUUUGUUGUCGUUGUUUUGUCUUGCAAAGUUGGUGGUCUUUUUGGAACAGCUGUGAUCCAGUUCAACUUAUUUUGGGCUGCCGGGUGUCAGCCAUUUUUUCCGGCACCGCAAGAAAGGAGUUGAUGAAGGACUUACAUGCUUGUUUCUAUGGUAACGCUGUGCUUCCUGAGCCUUUGAAGAGACGGAUGGCAAGCCAAGCCAGCUGCAAGUCCAACAAGUCCAAGCCCUGUUCGCCAACGAGCAGCAGCGAGGGCAUGGCCCCUCCACCAAGAGCCAAUAAGAAGACGAUUGUGGACGACAUCAUCCUGACCUUCAGCUCGCCCAUGGCGUGGCUGCUGGUGGUGGCGUUGGUCAUUACGUGGUCGGCCGUGGCUGUCGUUCUCUUCGACCUGCUCGACUACAAAACCAUCGCAGGUCUCCCACCUCCCCCUGCCAUCGCCAAGCGAGGUUUGAAGGCCAGAGGAGGAGUCCGUCCACUAAGGUCCCCCGUCAGUGAGGUGGCCCCCCCGCCGGAGAGCACUGACUGGUUGGAGAUGAUGUGGACGUUUGCAGCCAGCUUGGUGGCCCCCGAUAACGACGACGACAUUGAGAGUGUGGAAGGUAUUCACCAGCUAACCGAAACCUUCACACCUUUGCACUCCGAGGAACUGUGAAGGCGCAUAAACGUGGCAUCAGGAGAUGUGAGAAGAGAAGAUGUACAAACUAAAUCACAGCAAUGCUUUAAUUAAGUUUCAUUAACAGCAAAACAUACCCAAUAAAAACUCAUAAAAGUAUUUACUACCAAUUGAUCAUUUGGUUGUUUCAUUACCAUCAUUAAAUUCUACUCAA